AUGCGCAGCGUCAUCUCCGCCCUCCGUAGCCCUCUUUCCCGGGUCUCGCAGGCCCCGGCUUGCAGCCGUUCAUUCGGUACCACCGCGCCGUAUCGCGCUGCGUCCACGAACGGCAACGGCAAUGAGGCCGCGCAGUUUAACCCGAGGUGGCUUUCAGAGCUGCAGGCGCGCAUCAAGCAUUGCGCAAGCCUCAAUCUGCAGGGCGAGCAGGCGCAGGAGCUGAAGGCGCUUCAGACGGCCGUCAAUGGCCAGUGGCUUGAGCUGCUCGCCGGCCGUGAAGGCUUCCUCACAGGACGCAAUGGUCACGUCAACAACGUCGUGUAUAACAAGUACGCUGAGUCGGCGCGGGUGAACUGGCUCCGCAACUUCGCGACGACCGUGGACCCGGAGCACGCGGACGAGUGGGCCAAUCUUAUGACGCCCCGGGACAUUGGCCUGAUUAUGAGAAGCAUCAAGACCGACUACAAGUUUCCCAUGGCCUACCCAGACCAUGUCACAGUCCUCCACAAACUCGUGUCCAAACCAACCUACGAGUCAGACUACGUCCUUCUCGAAGCUCUGCUCAUCUCCGACCGUCACCGCCGGCCCGCGGCCCGCUGCUUCGAGGACAUCGUCGUCUACGACUACAAGACCGCCAAGCGCACGCCACUCAAGCCGUUCAUGGUCGACAGAUUGCGCGAAACUUACGAGGCGCAAGAGCGCAGUAAGCAAGAGUGCGAGGAGAAGGUGAAGGAGCUCGUCGAAGUUAAACCAGAUCAGGUUAUCAUGGGCAGCGUCUCGUUCCGCGAACACAUCCGCUGGGUGCCCGACGAGGCGAGCGAGCCGACGUCCACGAUAGUGCUCACGUCCCCGCAGCGCCGGUUCGUCGAUCUCCGCAUCUUGAAAUCCGGGCCGACUACGGAGGGCGCCGCCAAGGAACAUUACACUGAUGGCUUGGAGUGGGGCAUCGCUGGCACCUCAUCUUCAUCUCUCAUCCCCGACGGCAAAGGCGGCGAGAUCCGUCAUUCGCGGUGGGAGCACUGGAUCGACUCUCGCACGACGGAACCCGAGAAGGCGGGUGACGAAGGCGACAUGUACCCCCAGGAAGGCGACCUCACGCUCGAAAAGGGGCGCAUGGUGAACCCGGCCACGGGGAAGGAGUGCGACUACGAGGAACUCUGGCGGGAUGUUGAGCCGGAGCGCGCCGGCGGCCGAGGCUCCGACGAUGCGUCCAAGGGUCCGGAGUGCGUGGUUCUCGAGUUCGAGGACGACGCGAACAAGGCCCGGGGUAUGGUUGUCUGGCUUGGUCAGUUCUGCCAGGGUAUCUCGAGGGUAGGGGAUGAGGUUACGGCGGAGAGGUGGGAGUGGAGACGGAACGACGGCUGGAGGAGGACGGUGAGGAUUGGUGAGGAGAACGCGUUGCCGUGCGAGGUCUUACUGAAGACGGGUGCGCGGUUGAGUAUCGGCGCGCAUGUAAAGCAUCGGCAGAUGAUUUGGAGGGUGCUCGAGAGUAGUGGUUGA